ACUGUCCGACGAACAGGAACGUGAAACUCUGAGUAACAGUUUUUGCGAUAUUUCAGCUGCUUUUAAAUAAAGUAUAUAUAUAUAUAUAUAUACACACGCAUAUACACAUAUAUGUAUUGUGUCGCUCUAGUGUGUGAGUACCAAUAAAGAGAAGGUAAUAGAGAUCGAGGUAACAGUGAGGAAAAGGGAGAGAAUGAAACAGCGUACUGUGAGGUAAACUGGCAAACUAUAAAAUAUACGCACAUUCAUAGAGAGAGAAAGAGAGCGAGAGAGAAAGAGCGAGCAGAGACUCUUCGAUGGCCAUGUCGCUUCUACGGGGAUGUAUUCGCGCUAAAUGGUGUGGGACAUUGCAGCAAAACAGUGAAAGGUUCACUGGGUUGACAUGUAACAAUAGAGCUUUGUAUCCUAAAACCCUGCAACCACACUUGCUGGCAGCUAAACAGAUUGGUUUUCCAUCUCUCUCUCAGAAAACACUUAUGUUAACCUCCACCAAUUCAGCAUGGUGGGACUACUUUCGACCACGUUUAGGGCCGUUUACUCCCGCUGAGAAGAAAGGAAAUCACAUGAUGCUGGCCUCUACUCAUUGGAAACUUGAACGGAUUGUUGCUAUCAGUCUUCUGGGAAUACUACCAGCUGCUAUAAUUAGCCCAAAUUCUGUGACAGAUUUUCUUUUAGUGACUUCAUUUCUAUUACAUAGUCAUUGGGGUAUUGAUCAAAUUUUGCAAGAUUACGUAGCAAAGUAUAUUCCUUGGAUCCAGAAGGUUUGGCUGUGUCUCACCAUUCUUGCAAUGGCUGGAUUACUGCAUUUCAACUACAAUGAUAUUGGCGCCUCUCGUGCUUUGCUCUUACUAUGGAGUAUUCAUUAGACCUGAAAUUGUACUCCUCCUACUCUGCCGCCCACACUACCCUCUCAGUACUACUCAUUCAGCACACACACACACAUAAAUUUAUGUAAACACAUGCACACAUACACACACACACACAAACAUGGUGGAAAUCCUGUUACUUACACAUUAUAACUAAUAUAUAGGAAAUAGAAAUCAGCUUCCACUUUGAAACCUCACUGCAGAAUUUUUCACUUAUUUUAGUUUGUGUAUGUAUCUGUGUGUUUAUUAUUGUUGUUAUUAUUAUUAUUAUUAUUAUUAUUAUUACUAUUGGAGGUGGCGAGCUGGCAGAACUGUUAGCACGCCGGGCAAAUUGCUUAGCAGCAUUUUGUCCGUCUUAAUGUUCUGAGUUCAAAUUCCGCCGAGGUUGACUUUGCCUUUCAUCCUUUUGGGGUCGAUGAAAUAAGUACCAGUUGAGUACUGGGUCGAUGUAAUCGACUAUCCCCGUCCCCCAAAUUUCAGGCUUUGUGCCUAUAGUAGAAAGGAUUAUUAUUAUUAUAAUAAAAACUAAGAUAGUGGAAUAGCAGAAACAGUAGUAGCACACUGGAUUGAAUGCUUUACAAUAGUUAAUUCCACCUCCUCAAUUGUCUGAGUUCUAAUUUCAUUGAGGUAUGCUUUGUCCUCCAUCCUUUCAGGCUUGAUUAAAUAAAUGUCAGCCUUGUACUGGGGUCAGUUCACUUAACUGUACCACUAUACUAUCUAUUCGUUGCUUUGCAUCAACCUAAGAGAUUAUUAUUUUUGGCAGAGAGCACUUGUGAUUCCUCUCUUUCUUACACAAACACAUAGCCUUAAGUUCUUACUCUUUUGGUUAUAAGUUCUCUAGAACUUGCCCACUCAUUAUAAUUUACAUUCUACACACAUAUAACAAGCAAAUUGUAGAUACUUUAACACUAAUUGAUUAAAACCUAUCAAUUUAUGUAUGUAUAUUAUGGAGCUGCCUUACAGUUGUAUUUAAAGUGUUUAUAUGAGUCCUGUUGGAGACCCUUUAAAGUUAGAUUCCUUUAAAGGUCAAAGGUUAUACUAAGGUUUGUUGCUGGAAAUGAACUGUGAGAGAAAUCUUGCCACAGUAUUUUUAUUGGUGCAUUUUUGUACUCUAAUGCAAGGCUCUUCUAAAGUUGGUUGGUCUAGAUAUUAUUUUGUGAGAGACUCUGACAGUGUUUUGGUCUGAAUGUUGUUCUUUGAAAGUUCAGAUAAAGGUUUGUGAGAUGCAAAUGCACUCUGUUGAAGAUUUGCUAAAAGGUUUGUUAGUGCUAAUGGACCACGUUGCAGGCUGCUCAUUCAAGAAUUUGUUGGGGGUAGUGUACUUUGCUGCAGGUUUCUGCUAAGGUUUAUGGGUACCAACGUUUUCCAUAGAGUUAAUGUGGCCACUGGGUUCUUGUAGAGAUUUCUUUUGAGCAUUUACCAAUAUAUAUAUAUAUAUAUUUAUAUAUAUCCUAGCUGGUGGUUUGUUUAUCAUUUCUGUUUUUAAUUUUUUGUCCUUAAAGUGGGAUGUAGAUAGAGGUAUCUUUAUGAAGGAGAUAGUUUAUACUAUGCAUGUGGCUUUUAUAACAUCCCUUUAGUUCAUUUUUUGGGGUUUGAGAAGAAGAGGAAUUUAGUUAGGCUUUUUCUUAGGAUAUUUAUUGUUGGUGUGAAUGUCUUAUGCAUUAAUAGAAGGGGAUCUUUCAGAUAAAUUAAGAGAACGCAAUCUUAUUUGGCUUAAGGAUACAUGUUAACCAGUAUUUUGCUGGCUACUUUGUUAGUUUUAUUUGUCAAAAAGUAAAGUUAUAUAUUUUCCAGAGGACUUAUUCCAAGGACUUACAUUUACCAAAAUUAACAAAACCUAGCAGAGAUUGUCAUCCAUGUUGUGCUAAUCUGGUAGAAUAUUCCAGUAAAGCAUUAUUCUGAACUACAAAUUUCUGUUUUCGUACCAAUGUACUGCAGAAAUCUAUUUACUUUUUUUUUUUUAUUAAUAAAUCAGUCUUAAAGAGAUUAAACUGAAGAUAGUUCUAAAUAA